AUGGCUGAACGCAAGUUCCGCAUUCUCAUGCUCCAUGGCUACGCACAAUCCGCCAGCCUCUUCCGCAUCAAAACCCGUCUUCUCCGCGAACAGAUCCUCGACUCGUUCCCCCCCGCCCUAUACGACGAAUACCCAGGGGGAAUCGAAUAUCUCUUCCCCGACGGCGCCGUCAGCCUCUCCACCAACAGCAAAGACAGCGGAGACGAUGACCACGAAGACGGGAUGCGUGCCUGGUGGUUGAAUCUCGACGAUACAAGCCGGUACACGUUUCUCAACGAGACCAUCGCCUCCCUCCCGACAUAUCUAAACCAUACCCCCAUCGACGCCCUCAUCGGGUUUUCCCAGGGUGGUGCGCUGGCCGUGAUGCUCGCGUCUCUAUGCGAGGCGGCAGCAUCUUCCCCCUCUCAAGCAAGACGUCAAUCUCUCCGCGACCAAGGUAUCCCCGUCGACGCCUUUCUCAACGGGUUGCCCGGUCAAUCGCCGCUUCGCUUCGUGAUCAGCCUGUGCGGCUUUCGCGGCACAAUGGACUACUACGGGAGUCUCUAUCCUGCCGUGGGACUGACCACCCCUUCACUGCACGCCAUGGGAGUCUUCGACAGUAUGAUUGCUGGCCCCAAGAGCCAGGAGCUCGUCGCUUCCUUUCAAUCGCCGCAGGUCGUGCAUUACUAUGGCGGACAUUUCAUUCCGAGAGAUCGACAGACGAUGCAGACCAUCGUGGCCUUUAUCAAAGCCCAUUUUCUCGUCCAGAAGUACCAGGCAGAGAAUAACCCUAACCCUAACCCUACGGCUUCGGUACGUGCGCGUCGGAAAUUCGUGCCUUUCCGGGUGAGAGUGAGUCACAGAAUUAUCGUAUAGCUUUGAAUUAGGGUGGUUAUGGUUAUGUUUAUCAGGGUUAGGGUUAGGGUUAGGGUUAGGGUUAUGUUAGGGUUAGGGCUAGGCUAGGGUUAGGUUGUCAAGGUUGCUGCAUUAUAUUCAUCAAUCAUCAUACUGCUACCAUCCUGCUUCCUGCUACCAUACUACUACCAUACUGCUACUAAUAAGUGUCGUUCGACUCAUAGUCCACAUGCGGCGCAAAGCGCAUCUCGACGGCCCCCACGUCAAAGACAGUGACGACGUUCUUCUGAAAGGUAUCGCCCAGGAUGUACACAUCCUCGUCGGCGUCGCUGCCGCCGUCGUCCACCCCGCUGAUGCAGAUCGAGUUGCCCUCGUCGUCCGUGCCCGCCC